CAGAUUCCCUACUGAAUUCUGAGAGUGAAAAUGGAGAAAGGUAUUCUAGGAUCUCGAUGGCCAUCAUAGAAACUUUUCCAAACAUUUUACGAGAUGUCGUUCAAUCACGUAUUUCGGCAAACCAAUUAUAUCAAAAGUGUGUCCAAGUUUUAAAAUACUUCUUACCUGAACAGCAGAUAAAUCUUGCAAAACUACAGCAUUCUAAUACAUACGAUUCGUUAGAUAUUACAUUAAUUUACAAACUUUUAAGACAGUUCUCGUUGAUACCCCCACCCACAAAAGGCUGGGGAAGUAUUCCAGAUAAAGUAGCUAUUAAAUUAGGAGAUGAUAUCGAACGAAUACGAGACUACAGAAAUCAACUUGCUCAUCGAUGCGAUACCAAUAUUGAUAAGAAUGUGUUUGAUGAUUAUUUCGACAAGUUUCGUGAUAUUGGUCAAAGAAUGGAUCUUUAUUUUUACCAAAGGACGGAUUAUGAACGGCGGAUAAUAAGGCAUAGAACGUGUAUGAUGGAUACAGAAAUGCAGGCAAAAUAUGAAAAUGCAAUGAAGGAGAUAGAAAACAUAAAAAUGAGAUUUGAAAAGAUGCCAAUAAAAUUUUACUGGGGAGAAAGCUUUGAUAGAUGUUUGAAGAAUCUUAGAUCAAUGUUAAAGGACGAGAAAGCUAAAGGUAGAGAGAAAGUUCGUGUACAGAUCACCUUUCAAAAUGAGGAAGAUGUCGAAACAACUAUUAACAUCCUAAAUUCGCUGAAAGUCGAGAUAAAUGAAGGCUUAGCUGGUAUAGAAUUCAUUGUUGCCACAUCAGGGAGUGUAAUACUGAAUGUAGAUAUAAUGCUGAAAAUGUUGGAAACAGAUGAAAGAUUACAAACGACCAUGGCCUUAUUCAUAGAAAAGAUUUUGGAGCUCUUUACGACGACCCCUACUGAAAGUAUUGCUAUAGUUUUGUUACCUGUAGAAGAGUUCACUCAAUGGAAUAAAUCAAAAAACAUUGGAGAACCAGUUUACCUUGACUUUGAUAUAGAGGCUCAGUUAUUUGAAACCGACGAUAAAAUAGAAGAGCAAUUGGGUCAAAUAUCUGACGCCGUCAUCAAACAUUCCAGCGGAAGCGGAACAAACCGUAACAUUACUGCAACACUCCUACCUAUUAGUCUUGAAAAUAUAUCAACAACAGAGAAAGCAUUCGCCCAAGCACAAACAACUGUAAGAUACAACCUUCCUGUUUCUGUCACUUUGCGUCAACAGCUAAAUGUUAAAAAGUCAAUAAAUGUGAAUCAGAACAUUUGGGACUGUAUCAAAAUAGGAGAUACAUUAGCGUUUACCGAAUCUUUAAAUAACCAACUUAUCAUUUGUAAUGCAGACAGCACUAAUAUUCAUCACAUUCCUCUUCACUAUAAACCAUGGUAUCUAACAGAGGUGGAUAGUACUACUGUGGCAAUAUCCUGUAUGAUUGACAGAACCAUACUAAUGAUAAAUAUAUCUACCGGUAAUGUCAUCGAUAAAAUCGAAACCAGUGAUUACUGCUACGGAAUAUCGUAUAAUGAUAAUACAUUAUACGUUGUUAUUGGUAAGAGUAUAAUACAUGUAAUGGAUCUGAGAGGUAACGUAUUCCGUACUAUAUAUUUACCUGCAGACAGUACCGUUAACAUUACAGCAGACAGAGACAGGUUGGUUUGUAUAGACAAAAGAUCAAUUUUCUGCUGGUCGUUAGAUGGAAAACUGAUUUGGACGUUUGAAAAUGGAAAAUAUGAAAGUUUACGUGGUGUGACAACAGAUAAUAAAGGGAAUGUGUAUGUGACUGAUUAUUAUACCAACGCGGUAGUAGAAGUAUCUGAUGAGGGUAAGCAUCAUAGAGAAAUUCUUACUAAAUCAGAUUCACUGAACCAUCCGUGUGGAAUUUAUUUUCAGAAAAAAGAAAAUGUACUGCUUGUUUGUAAUAUAAAUGAUAUAAAGGCUUUUCUUUUUGAUGUCAACAGAAACAUAAAUGAACAAGAUUAAUUUUUUUAAACAUGUGCUACAGUAAAACAACUUUAUAUAGAAAUUUCUAGAAAUUUGUAUACGUCAAAGACGUAUUGUUGUUUUGUUUACUUCCAUUUGCUGGAGGAAAAAACCACACAUUAAAGAUAUAUUUCAGAACUUUUUUUCAAAAACCACAUAAAAAUUGUCUUAAAGGACAAAUCAAUUCAAGUCAUGUGUUUGUUCUCAUUAAUGUUUAGUCUCAGA